GUAAGUGAAUAUUUUUGUCGUUAAUUUUUUAUGAUGCUAAAUUUUACAUCUGGCAUUUUUCAAGGCGUUUUAAAGUUGAGAAUUUUGUUUACACUGUAGUGUACAAGGUGCUUGUGGGUUGAAUACUUAUAAUGGCAGAAGAUGCAAUGCAAGAUCAGAUCAUUGUAAAUGAGGACGAAAAUCAUCAAAAUGGAUCCAUUUCUGUGAAAAUUAAAUUAUUAUUUAAAGAAGUUUUUACAUGGUCCACGUUUCGUCCGAUUGUUUUUGGACAAAUUCUCUCAUUACUGAUUUGUGGAAUGGCAACAACCAGCGAGUUCUUACAGCAGAAUAACGUGUCAGUUCCUUUGCUGCAAAGCUCAAUGAACUACUUCCUACUGGGCAUAGUGUAUACGUUAUAUCUUUGCUUCAAAAAAGAUGAAAAUGGAAAAAGAGUAAUUUUUCAGGUUUUAAAAAAGCAUUGGUGGAAAUAUGCAUUGCUAGCAUUGAUUGACGUGGAAGCAAAUUACAUGGUUAUCCUUGCAUACCAAUAUACUUCAUUGACCAGUGUGCAGUUGCUUGACAUUUUCGUGAUACCUGCUGCGAUGUUUCUUUCAUUUUUCUUUUUAAAAGUUCGUUAUCUUCCAAUACACUUUAUUGGUUUGGUGAUCGCCAUCAUAGGAGUUGUGUGCAUGGUGGUGGCUGAUGUGCUGCUGGGGAAAGGAGGCACAAGUAGCAACGCUGCUUUGGGUGACUUUCUCGUUCUUGGUGGAGCAACUUGUUACGCAAUAUCAAACGUAGCCAUGGAGUUUGUGAGCAAGAAACACAAUAGUGGGCCGACAGAAAUCCUCGCUAUGUAUGGAUUAUUUUGCCCGCUUAUUUGUGGAGUGCAAAUGGCUUUACUAGAGCGCCAAGCAUUGACACAAAUAGUGUGGACCAGCACUGUAAUAUUGCUCUUACUUGGGUUUGGUGCGUGUAUGUUUAUAUUUUAUUCCUUGAUGCCGUACGUUAUGAAGAUUAGCAGUGCAACAGCUGUCAAUAUCUCUCUUCUUACGUCAGAUCUUUUUUCUCUUUUUGUUGGAAUUUUCGUCUUUAUGUACGAGCCUUCCCCGUUAUACCUUGUUUCCUUUGUUACAAUCAGCGCAGCUUUGGUGAUUUACAAUAUUAAAGAACCGAUACCGCGUCAACCAAACAACUCUACAAGCCGAAACAAUUCCCGCUCCAGUAGUCUUAUAUCCGACGCUGUCCCGCCAUCAGUAGAAGAUAUCCCACUAAAUAAUGAGAGGGGAACUUGGUUUACUAAAGCAAAAACGAACCCAAAUGAUCCAGCUUAAUGAAACCGAUCAUAUUUUUCACUCUUUAAUUUAUUUACUUUCGAAUUGUAGAUACUACUGAAAAAUUGUGUUUUUUUGUACUUUGCAAUUUCUCAAAUUCAGCAUGCUGGUAGUUUACAGCUAAAUAAAAACUUUUUUUUGUGGGGGGGGGGUAUUCAGAGCAUUUUCCUAUCUAGAAAUUAUAAACACUUUAUUUCUAUUUGAAGCAGGAUUCUUUAAUAUUUAACUAUCACCACUGUAAAUUAUUUGCAAAAUUAUAUUCAUGUCUUAAAUUGA